UUCCCCCUCUGCAACUUCGCCUCUCGGCCCCUGCCCUUCUCCCUCUCGCUUUCGCUCGUUGCCCUGCCUCUCUCUCGCUCCAUCACUCCUGGCUUCCCCCUCGCCUCUCGCUGCUCGCCUGCUCCGUCGCUCCCUGCCUCUCUCUCGCUCCAUCGCUCGCCCUCGUGGCCGGUCACCGGUGGCUCGCUCUCCGUCGCUUCGUCUUCGUUUCGCACCCUCGCCGGCGAAACUCUACUAUUCGGGGCCCAUUUUUACAUUUCGCCUCAGGGCCCCAAAAUAUCAGGUACGGCACUGCAUUCACGGCCUCUGUUCUCGCUUUCCCUCAUCGAAUAUCCGAGCGCUUUAAGCUCGGAGCAACUAGUUCUCCUCCGCCACAUUGAACCGGGAAUGCAAUCGCUCUUUGUACGUGUGUGAAAAAACUGGGAACCAAGAAAGCCGCAGAAAGAAAAAAAAUAACAAAGGAUGGCAUCUUGGCGCGGAAUCAAGCCGUCGAAACUAAAAUUAUUGUCUAAUCAGUUCAGAAGAUGCUACGUUCAAGUCCCUGGGCCAGCUCUGGCCAAUCAAACUGCUUCACGUACAAUAAUUCCGGCUCUGGAUAACCCUAAUUCGGUUAUUCACAAGAGUCGAAUUGAGUUUGGUAACGUCAGGUUCUACGCCGCUCCGGUGCAGGCCAAGUCGAAGCAGGAAGAGAAAGACGCGGGAGGGCCGCGGUUGAACGAGCAAAUCAGGGCGGAGUUUGUCAGGAUUGUCAGCGACGAAGGGCAUUGUGUGGUUUCGAGGUGGGAAGCUCUAGAACGUGCACGGAGUCUCAAGCUUGAUUUAGUUGAGGUUCAACGAAAUGCUAAACCCCCUGUUUGCAAACUCAUGGACUACAACAAGGAAAAGUACAAGCAACAAGUCAAGGAAAAAGACCGUUCCAAAAACAAGUCUGAAUUGACUUUACGCAAAGGUGACUGCAAAGAAGUCAGGUUUUCUGCUAAGACGGAGCAAAAAGACCUUCAAAUGAAAGCAGAUACAAUUAAGAGAUUGAUGGAGCGUGGUUAUCGGGUCAAGUGUGCAGCCAUGGGUACUGAAGAGCAGGACUUGGGAGGACUGUUAAAUCGUCUUUCUGCUUUGAUUGAAGAUGUUUCUAUAAUAGAAAGUGGACCGAGAGUGGAAAAAAAACAGGCAUACGUUAUUGUCAGGCAUGUCAAGUUUGGCCCAUCGAAGAAGGGGUCAGGAAAGAAAACAUCCAAAGUCGCUUCAUCGGAAGUUCACUCUUCUCCCCUUAGUCAAAACAACUUCCACUCUGAGGAAAUUGUGGAUGCUGCUGAAUCAGGAGCCGAAGCAGAGGAUGAAAUCCAUACAGACGAGCCAGAAAAGAGAAACCCUUCUUGGUCAGUGUUUGAUGCGGAUGAUGGUUCCGACAAUGUGUUUGAUUUUCGGGGUGGUGACAAGGCUGCGCAACACUCUGGAGAAUCUUCUCCCCUUAAGGCUCCAACAGGUAUAGAGAAUAGGUACAGAAGGCAGACAAGCAACACGAAUCCAUCUACAAAAUCGAUGGAUCUUAAAGGCUUUGGUUCAAGAGAUUCAACAAGAUCAGUUCCUAAAUCAACCACCCCCCAUCAGAGGCAGUCGCAAUUCUUCCCAGAUGCCUCGCCCACAAGAAAAAUUGAGCAGUUGGAAACGGAUGCGUCCGUCAUUCAGCAAGAGCAGUUGCAUCGCAGUGCUCCCGACUCCUCAUCGCCUGGCUAUGGUAUGUUCAGCACUCCAAAACCCAACGAUUUGGCCCAGAAAAAUGGUACACCGGCAGGAGUUAAUAGGUACAAGGCAGGAAAUAAUUUUGAUUCGACCAGACAUAAUCCUAGUCCUCGGGGCGACUCUUCAAGGUUGAACCGAGAUCGCCAAGCUAAGUUUCAACGUUAGCAUAAAAAUGCUUAUGAUGAGCUGUCUGUCCCUGCUUUGCCAAUAAAUUCUCCGCUGAAAUUCCCUACACCUCCUACACGUUGCGCCGCUUACUUCCCAUAAGUCGUGAGAUGCUCGUGUUUGAUUGAGCAAGAUAUAUAUAUAUGUUAUUGAAGAUGAAUUUUUUAAAGGCAUCCAAGGCCAAGGGUACCUCACCUCCCCUGGAAGGUCACUGCACCCCUCCCUCUUCCUUUAAAUGGCACCGCAUCCCCAUUUGUGUUAUAUUGGAUGUACAAAUUGAAGCAAAGCCCCCCUCUUGGCGGGGCAGGGGCUGCUAUAAUUUUCACAUUUUUUGCAUCAAAUUAAUUUAUUCCUUAAUUGAACAAAAUGGAUUAUGCAGGGUGCUGCUGAGGUUUCGGCUUCAUGGUAUUUGUUUUUGCAGGCGACUUUGCUUCUACUCGUUUGCAAAAAGGAGGCUUCAAUUAUUCAAAUUCGUAUGACAAGUCAAAGAACCAAGUUUACCAUUUCUAUUAUUAUAAUUAAUCUUAUUAUUGCGGACAAAAUCAUAUAUAGUUGCUAACAAAAGAGAGAAAAAAAAAAAAAAAAAAAACGUUGACACUAAAAUGUUUAUUUUAUUAUCCAUAA